UACAAGUGUGCCGUAGAGAUUAGUUUUCUCUUACACACAAAAAUACAUAUUAUCGAGGAUGUUCAUCAAUGGCCCUGAAUCCUGAUUGCUUCAGCGAUGCAAAAUAACCAAAACUAAGAAAGAAAUCGAUCCAUAACAGGUCAACGUGAUUCAUCAAAUCCAUGGGACAGGUUCUGGAUAAACUUCAAGGUAAAGAAUGGAAACGAAGACAAAUAAGGAAGAUAACAGACAAAGUGUUUGACAAAUUGACAAAUGAUUCAGAAAGGGCUACUUUAUCAUUUGAAGAUCUAUACAUUGCUGUUCUUCUUGUCUACAAUGAUAUCAACAAACGUUUGCCUGGACCACACUUUGAUCCUCCUUCGAAAGUCGAAGUUAAAGCCUUGAUUCAUGAGUGUGACAUUAAUUUAGAUGGUGAAAUUGACCGGGUAGAAUUUGGGAGGUUCGUUCAGAAGCUGACAUCAAACACAAUAGUUAUGGUGAGUCAGGGACUUAUAAUAACAAUGGCGAUUGCACCUACAGUUGCAAUACUAACGAAAAGGGCGACAGAAGGGGUACCUGGUGUAGGAAAAGUGGUGCAAAGGUUGCCAAAUUCAGUUUAUGCAUCUCUUGUUACACUUGCCAUUAUAGUGUUCCAAAAUGCAGGAAGGAUUUCUGAUUAAUAAUUGAAAAUCCACCUUCUAUUUCAAGUCUAAUUUCCUGAUCCUCCUUUUACUUUGGCUAAGUGACAAAGUUUACUUAUAUUGAAAUAUUACUUGAUAGCCUGGUGUUAAUAAAUGUGGGAUUUUAGCUUUUUGAAUGCUUGCA